AUGACCCCAUUAUAUCGCCACAAAUUGACACAUUCUGAGUCAGCCGAGGUUCCUGACGAACUAAGCGGUGGCAUCCUCGCAGACGACAUGGGAAUGGGGAAAUCACUAAGCGCACUAGCACUUAUCACUAAAACCGUUGAUUUUGCCCAAUCGUGGUCUAAAGAAGUGCCAUCGACUACGGAAGGACUUCGUGCCCGAGCCAGCCUAAUCAUCGUUCCAUCUACUCUGAUUAUGAACUCUUGGCUAAAAGAGGUUGAAAAGCAUCUGGAUAAAUCUAUCGUCAUCGCGAAAUACUAUGGGAAAGCUAGGAAUGACGAUAUUACAGAAUACUUGGGGUGUGACAUCGUAUUUACAACGUACCACACUAUUGCCGCGAGUAUGAAUCAGAGGGAUAGCAUUAUAUUUCAAAUCUCCUGGUUUAGAAUCAUUCUUGAUGAAGCACAUAUGAUCCGUAGGCGGGAGACGACGCUUUACCAAGCAGCCAGCCAGCUCUCUGCAAAAUACCGGUGGUGCCUGACUGGGACUCCAAUCCAAAACCGCCUCGAAGAUGUCGGGUCCCUGCUUGCGUUUCUCCGCAUUAAAGAACUUGAAAACAGAGCAGUUUUCAGAAAUAAUAUUAUAUUGCCGUUUUCUGAUCAUUUCGAAUCAGCCGUCCACAAUCUGGCCUUUCUUUUAGAUUGCGUAUGCCUCAGGAGGUCUCAGGAUCUGCUACGUUUACCUAAUAUUACAGAGAGAUAUCAUUAUGUGACUUUGAAGGAAGAUGAAAGGAAGCAAUAUGACGAUAUGCUUGAGGACAUGUCUAAUAUGAUCAGUGAAAAAGUACGAAAGGCACCAGGAAAGCGUGAUCAUUUUGGUAUCUUUCAAGUCCAACUCCAGCUUCGUCUUCUCUGCAACCAUGGCACUUUUCAAAAGCCAUUCACGAGUCGUCAUCCUCGCGACCGAAAGGUAGAACGUGAGGAGUUUUUAUAUUCGCUAGGAACAAAUGCCGAGUUUCUCUGCUCAAUGUGUGGCGUUCCCAUUCCUGUCUUUGAUAUUAGCGGAGGUCCCGGCUCACGUCAGUCAUGCAAGCAUAAACUCUGUAACGAGUGCCAUUCGCAGAACCAAUGUAAUGCAGACCAAACUGACGAGAUCAAUGAUUCUUCUUGUCCCUUAUGCAGCAGAAAUCUUGGGCAUGGGGUUGGCUUAGUCGCGAAGAGAUCUCUCGAGGGAAAGGACGAUGACGAUGAUGGUUAUUUCAACCGGUCUGGAUUCUCGUCCAAGAUACAGGCCCUUAUGGAGGACCUGGCAGAAAGCCCCAGAGACGCGAAGAGUAUCAUAUUCUCUGGUUGGACAAGAACACUGGAUUUGAUAUCCGUACAUCUUAGGAAGAGACGUAUGCUCUUCCAACGGAUAGAUGGUGACCAAUCUCUUCAGCAGCGUCAAUAUAAUAUGGAUAGGUUUAUACAAGAUAGAGGCAUCCCAAUUCUGCUGAUGAGCACGGGAGUAGGGGCAUUCGGUCUUAACCUUACAGUAGCUAACCAUGUAUACAUCCUUGAGCCCCAGUGGAAUCCGAGCGUGGAGAGUCAGGCCAUCGGUCGGGUAUCUCGCCUAGGCCAAAGCAAGCCCGUUUCGGUGACGCGGUACAUCGUUCGAGGAACAGUAGAAGUUAGCAUGCAAUCUCAACAGAUCCGGAAGGUAGAUCUUGCAAACGUUGGGUUUCAAGACGUCAAUCCCGAUGAGUCUUAA